UCACAAGAGUAAGAAGGGCCAGUGUGUGUCCAGGGGAUUCCCUUGGGUAUCCCAGAAACGCCAGUCUGUCUUGCUGAAAAUAUUGCAAAAAAAAAAUUGAUAUUCCGGUGAUUGGUUCGAAAUGGAUUCUACGCCAGGAAUAUUUGAAGAGCUGGAGCGUGAUCUUUCAACUGCUUUGGAGAAGAACAGCAAAUAUUUGCGCGAGAACGAAGCGAAGCUCAAAGCUGUGAAUGAAGCCAAGGAUUACGAGGAAUUCAAAAACCGUGUGGAUGCGUGUCAUUUGCGCCCUCUCAGCAAGAAAGAACUUGAAUCAUCAAAAAGAAGAGCAAGUGUGUGGAAUUCCUGGCAAGAGAAGUCUACAGGGUUCCAUCAGAGGUCAUCAGAAGUCCGUAAAUUUGGUCGAGGUCUUCCACAAACAUGUGCGGGUUUAGAAGCAGCCUGGAGUAAUCUGGAUUCAGCAGAAAGAUUUGGUCUUCUGAAUGAUCUGGGUCCAGAUACCCUGGCAAGCAUCUUUGGGAUUCAAGUGCCUCUUGAUAUGACUGAAGGAAUCAUGGAAGCCCUGCAUGAAGCUUCCAAGAGCACCAGGAAUUCAGAUUCUGUGGUUUCCAUUUUGAAAGUGCUUGUCUCAGUGAAGAGGUUCUCAAUCAAUGUGGCGUGUUUGACAGAGACACAGAGAGGAUUAUGUUCAGACUUGCUGGAGAAUGUGUUUCAUCAUGCUGAACAGGAUGGUUCUGGAAAUUCACUGGAAAGUCAAGCAUUGUACCAACAAUUCAAAGACAUUUUCAAGAUUUGA